AUGACUUGUGGAAAAUUGUAUGAUAAAUUAUGGAAUAAUUAUUUGACGAAAUAUGGUGAUUUUCGUGAACGUUUACAAUCAAUACGAAAUGAUCAUGAAUGUUUUAAAAAAUUACAAUUACCACGUAUUAAAGAAAAAUCUGUAAACAUUCACAUUCAAUCUUCAACAUCAAGAAAAAAAUCUACAAUCGAUGUUAACAAUCAAAAACUUCAUAAAAAAUGUGAUUCAUUAUUGUCAUCAGAAUGUUUUCAUCCAUCAAUAAUGAAAAAGAAUCAUUCGCUUGCAUUGGAUCAAACUGAACUUGAUGAAUUAGAAAAACUAAUACAAGCUGAGAACUUUCCGGAUAAUAUUCUUCAAGCGAAUACUACUUCUCGACAUUCAAUAGACAAUGAAACAGAUAUUACUGUAACCAAUAAUAUUCUUGAUGAUAGUCAUCAAUUAUCUUCGAAACGAUUAACAUCGCCACUUAAUUCAAUGUUUAGUAAAAAUAAUGUUAAUCAUUCAAUAUCACAAUUUAGUAAAAAAUCGUCGACAUAUCUUUUUUCAAAUAGGUUCAUUGUUAACGUGGAAAAUAGUGAUGUAACGGUGAUGGUCAUAGCCAAUGCACUAGUCUAG